AAAAUAGUCCGGGACGCAUGGCGGACCUGCUUGCGAGGUUCAUCGAGGUCCAAAAUCGCCUCACGGCCCCCUUGGCCCCCUUCUUCCUGGGCCAGGAGGGCACGUGUCCCCUCUCAGUGACCUUUGGCAAGCAUUUCGUCGCCUAUUUUCCGGUGUGGCUGCUCAUUUUGGUGCUCCAAUGGGCCGCUCUGCACUUGUGUUUUUCCAAAGUGACAAAAGUAUUCUUGAGGCGGAUGGGUUUGACCCGCAUGAGGACGGAGAGGUCGUCGGCCGCCCUUUGGGAAGCGGGCACCGCCCUUGGCGCUGCCAUGCUCUGCUCAUCACAACUCGAGUCCGUCGACCCGCACACCCUGACCUUGCCCUCUUCACUCGACUGGCCUCCACCCCACCUGACCAUGUACCUGUUCGUCCUUGCCACCUGUCAGGCGCAGGGAGUUUUUGCCCAACUCAGGGCCAGAACCUUUGGCACCGAAAUCCUGGUCGAGGUCACAAGGGUCAUCGUCCUGAUUUUUGCUUACUUUGCCAGAUGGGCUGAUUUUGGAUUUUUGUUCUGCUUCCACACAAGCGUGAUUCAAAUUUUUGUCCAUUUUGGCCGACUGAUCUUGAGUUUUAAGAGGGGUCUGCACUAUUUGGUCCUUGUUGUGUUCUUCGUACUGACAGUUUUGUGGACUGCAAGCUACGCUUACUUUGUGCCUUGGUGGAUUUUAUUUAUUGUCGUAACCCCCAUCUUGGAUGAUGAACUUCAGCUCGCACUGAUUUCUCUUUUCGUCGCUUUGACCCUGCAUUUUAUUUUUGCUCUCUUGUUUUCACCACUGAUCAUAUCCUGCAAAGGGAUAUUCCGUCGGAAACCCUUGACGGAGUGGCUCGAGUUGAGCCUUUUUCCGAACAUCGAUCUCAAACUGACACAGAUGAAGAAGGAGAUUUCCGAGGAGGAGCUCUCUAGGCACAACUCACUUAAAAGAAAGAAUGCACAAGGCAAUGGAAAUAAAAUUAAUCAGGGCAAAGCACUUAUGCAAAUUCUACGAUGCUCAUCUUUACUAAAAAGAAAAGUUAAAGCAAUGAGGGAGCGCAAAGAGUCAACAGGAAGUGAUUCAAGUCAAGGAGAGGUCUCGGAGCCAUCAGACGACAAGUGAAAAACAAAAAUGAAACAAAUGUUUGAUCUCAAUAAUUUUUAGUUCCAUUUGUAUUUAUUAAAAAAUUAACUGCAGCUACACCAAUGGAUACAAUAAUCAAAUAAAAUAUGAUUAGGAAAUAAUUGACGAUUGUGUUUGUGUUGACCGGAAAAUAAAAAAAGGAA